AUGGAUAAGACCGACCCUCCCCACGAGGACAGUGCAGUGCACACUAUCUCCGAUGACACGAAGGACCGACCACAUCUUCUUCUCAAGGCUAGUGACAGCCAGUCGAAUUAUGUCCAAAGCCUCGAGGAGCGACUAGCCAAGCUCGAAAGGAAAAUCGAGGAGCUUUCCCGGACAAAGAACGAGAUCCCCAGUGACGCAGGCUUGAAUGACACUUCGAGAGAUUCCCAUGUCGCCAACGAUAACGAGAAUGCCGAAGAGAAUAAGGAAGACAAGAAGGGAGGAGAGAAGGAAAAGCCCACCUGGGUGAUCAUUCCAAAAGCACGCAAGCUAAACUAUAUCAAUUUCAUCAAUCGAUUUCCCAUUCAGACUGAGAUCCCGGUGGUGGAGGCACUCAUGAUAGAUACUACGCUGGAAGCAGCGGAGGCUGAGGACAGUUCCUGGGUUCCUGAAGAACCAGUCCAGAAUCCCGAAACGAGAUUACGUGACAUGUUGGAAAAGAACCCAUACAAGCCAGAUGCAUGGAUGGCCAAGAUUCGAAUCAACUCCGUGCCUUUGGUUGAGGAAGUAAUGAAAGUCCUAGGCACAUCAGAGGAAUUCUCCCAAAGUGUGACUUUCCUUCAUCCUUUUGACCCUUUAGUCCAUUCCUACAACAAGCUCAAAACGCGGCUACAUGAAAUGCAAGAGGCCUUAGCAACUCAAAAGGAUGAAUCCAAAACCACCGGUGAUAUCGCAGCCCGUGAUAAGGCCGAUGCCACUGAAGAGACCAACCCUUCCAACAUAGAACCUACUGAGCUUGUUUCUCUGAUGGAAGUUUUCGUUCAGUUCCUUCAAGACGAGAUCCUCUCUUUGCCACCGAAGAGCAACACGAAGAUUCGAUUUGCAUUCCUAUCGUAUAUAUUCAAACUAGGUGAUACCUUGUUUGACCCAAGUGCGUACAAGGGGUUCAGGCCCAGCCCAGACUCGUUAAUUUUUCGAAGUGAUCAGCGUCUGUGGCGGCUAUAUCGCAUCAAGGGGUACCGGGAAAAUAAUGGGGAUAUGUUUGUUGUCAGGGCAUAUUGCAUUGAUUAUGACGGGGAGAACUACAUCUGCCACAAAAAAAAGUUUCAAAUUCCUCCCUAUGAUGGAGAAAAGGAGAUCUCAAGCUUGCCAAUAUUUCCUCUCAAAUACCUUGAGAAUGCCGAGCAGAUUCGAGUCGAAAUGCGCGCCCAGGGGAAGAAUUUCGUAGAGUACCAGCAAGGACUUGUCACUCAUCAAGGCUGGGGGGCUGAUCUUGACGCUGAGAGUAGCUCACAACUGCAGUAUGUCACUGGUGAUGUCGUCAUAGACAUGGUAGAGACAAUUAGUAUGCACCCUCAUUAUGCGCAAGGCAGAGAAUUCCCCAAAUAUACGCCAACUGAGGGAGCCCCGGAUACGUACAAGCGUUGGAACUGGAAAAUAGUCGAUGGAAAAUACGAGUUUGAUGCCACGGGGCCUUCGGGGGAGAUGAGAUACUGGAUGAAUGAGUAUUUUCGACUACAAAAGAUAACAUAUUGCUCCGAGACCGAUCCUUUCCUCUCUCACCCGCUCAAAAACAACGACCAGAAGUACCAGCUGCAAGAACAAGACUUCGAAUUGCUCCCGCGCAGAGUGUUUGGAUAUGUCUUGCAGAAACGAAAAUUCCUGGCACUUGACAUCAGAAACCUGGAGCCGAUCAAAGAUAAUGAGAUUUAUGCUACACGGGCUUAUCGAUUCGCACUUCCAAAAAAGAAUCUACGCGAGAGACACGGGGCUUAUAAUAUCGACCAAGAUUUUAUCGCGAACAAAGGACGAGGGCUUAUUAUUCUCUUAUACGGUGUACCGGGAGUGGGUAAAACCUCGACAGCCGAGCAAAUUGCGCAUUUCUGGAAAAAGCCGCUUUUGCCAGUCACAUGUGGGAAUCUGGGGACAGAAUCCAACGAAGUCGAAAGCAAGCUGAAAGAGAUAUUUCGGCUUGGGAAGAAGUGGGACUGCAUCCUGCUCAUGGAUGAAGCCGACGUCUUUUUGUCAGAGAGAACACCAAUGGCUCUGGAGCGGAACGCUUUAGUCUCGGUGUUCCUUCGUGAGUUGGAGUACUUCGACGGUGUUUUAUUCCUGACUACCAACCUUCCCGGCGGGAUCGACGAGGCGUUCAAAUCACGUAUCCAUAUCACUCUCUACUACCCGCACCUAGACGAAAACGACACGAUAGCCAUUUGGAAGGUGAACAUGGAGCGUCUGAAAAGCAUUGAAAAGCAACGUGCCCAUUUGAACAAUGAGCCACCACUAAGCAUUAAUGAGCGGGCGAUCCGAAAAUUUGCAAAGAAACAUUUCCGGAACAAUGAAGAUGGGAAGGGACGGUGGAAUGGACGUCAGAUCCGAAAUGCCUUUCUUAUUGCCUCCGUGCUGGCACAGUUCGAAAGGGCUAACCCCAACCAGGCCGUUCCAACCACAUCCCACUCAAAGCUCGAUGAUCCGGCUUUCGAUCUUAAUCCUCGACACUUCGAUAUAGUAGCAAAAGCGAGCUUGGGCUUUGAGGAAUACCUAGCCGAGGCCAAGGGCCGACUUGCAUCGGAGAUAAUGUUUCAACGAGGGCAGCGUGCUGACUUCAUCCGGUCCUCGUCUGAACAAACCGCAGGGCCCUCGUCAUUGGCAACUCACGUACAUCACCCUCAAGCCCGGGAGAGUCAAGAGCUGUCAAAUGCUCCAGAUCCUUUCCGUAGCCAGAAAGGCUGGAGUGAAGGCCCGAUAGGGCAGUACAGUCAUCGAACCCCUGUGGAUGAUCAGAAUUGGACCCUCCCUACGGGAAAUUCGUAUGGUGGACACCAAGGACAUGGGACACCGAUACACCAUGGACGGGUCUCUCAGACUCCUCCACAGGAUCCACGAAUGAGAUCCACCCCCAAUUUCGACGGUAGCGUACAGUCACGCAGGGAUGUCGGUUUCCAAGGAUCGCCAUCCCAAUUCCAAGGAAAUUACCAAACAACCCAUCGUAGUGGGAAGAUGAAUAUGAGCGCCAACCCAGACUCUGACUCUGAUUCUGGCGCAUAG